CCGCGCUCCAGGAGGGCUCGCGGCCGGGGGCGUGGGAUUCCUGCAGAGACCUCGGGGGACCGUCAGAGGCGCGCGCCAAGCCUGGGGGCGCGGGGCGCUCCCCCUCCCCCUGCGGGACUCCUUUAGGAUUCGGGGUGUGCACGUGAUUCCCCCGCGAGGGCGGACUAAGGGCGCUCUCCAACAAGGAGGACCGACCCCAAGUCCCCCGAGAGUCCCUCUGGCAGGGUCCUUAGGAGUGGGAGCCUGGAAGGGGCCGACCUGCCGCGGGCCCGAGAGCCGGGCGCCGGGGCCCCCGCGAUGGCCGCGGGACGCAGCCGCAGGGAGCCGCCGCGAGGAUACCGGGGCGCCCCUCGCUAGCGGGGCGCAGCCUCCUCCUCGUCCCCCGCCCCACCGGCGGGAUGGGGGGCGGAGGGUCUGCCCUGAGGGUCUGCGCCGACCACCGCGGCGGCAUCAACUGGCUCAGCCUGAGCCCCGACGGGCAGCGCCUGCUGACGGGCAGCGAGGACGGCACGGCCCGGCUCUGGAGCACCGCGGACGGCCAGUGCUGCGCCCUCCUGCAAGGACACGAAAGCUACGUGACCUUCUGCCAACUGGAGGAUGAAGCUGCCUUCACGUGCAGCGCUGACUGCACCAUCAGGAAGUGGGAUGUGCUGACCGGGCAGUGUCUGCAGGUGUUCCGGGGACACACAUCCAUUGUGAACAGAAUCCUGGUCUCCAACAACCAGCUCUUCAGCAGCUCCUAUGACCGGACAGCUCGCGCCUGGAGUGUGGACAAGGGGCAGGUGGCCCGGGAGUUCCGGGGCCACCGCAACUGUGUGCUGACUCUAGCCUACUCUGCCCCCCGGGACCUCCCCGGGGCUCCCUGCGUGGAGGAGGCCGUGGCCGGGGGGCUGCUGGUGACGGGCAGCACGGAUGGCACGGCCAAGGUGUGGCAGGUGGCCAGCGGCUGCUGCCACCAUACUCUGCGGGGCCACACGGGCGCCGUGCUCUGCCUGGUGCUGGACACGCCUGGCGACACGGCCUUCACUGGCAGCACGGAUGCCACCAUCCGAGCCUGGGACAUCCAGAGCGGACAGCAGCUGCGCGUGUUCCGGGAGCACCAGGGCUCCGUCAUCUGUCUGGAGCUGGUGAACCGGCACGUGUACUCGGGCAGCGCUGACAGGACGGUCAAGUGCUGGCUGGCAGACACGGGCGAGCGCGUGCGCACGUUCGCGGCCCACAGACACAGCGUGAGCGCCCUCAAGUACCACGCGGGCACCUUGUUCACGGGCAGCGGGGACGCCCGCGCGCGCGCCUUCGACGCCCAGUCCGGGGCGCUGCGGAGGGUGUUCCGCGGCCACGCCUUCAUCAUCAACUGCAUCCAGGUGCACGGCCAGGUGCUCUACACGGCCUCGCACGACGGCGCGCUGCGCCUCUGGGACGUGCGCGGCCUCCCGCGCGCCCCGCCGCCGCCGCCGCGCGCCGCCGCCCGCAAGCGCAGCCUUUCGCGCCUCUUCAGCAACAAGCCCUCGCCGAGCCGCCCGGGGGAGGCCGGCCUGCCCCCGCCCCCUCGGCCGGAGCCCCCGCCCCCUCGGCCGGAGCCCCCGCGGAGCCCAGCGGUCAGCCUGCCCUCCGGCCCUCCCCGGACCCGCCCGGCUCUCAGGGCCUCCAGCCCCACGGCCCGGCCCGGGCGCCCGUGGCCCCCAGAGGCCAAGCCUUUCCUGCUGAGCGAAAUGGACGCUUCCAAACGCCAGACUGUCGUUAUUUUGGCCAAUUGUCUACUUGCGAAGACCCGAAAUACAGGUCCUUAA